CACUGUGUCACAGAUUGUCAAGAUGUCGUUUCUCUCGAUGCACACUGCACAGCACAGGGUGUACCUAUUCUUGCAGACUGCACAGCACAGAUCUUGCAGACUCCAGCAUUCCAGCUUCUACCGGUAUUUCUGCAGCGAAUCACAACUUUCUAAAACAGGAAAGGACAGUUCUUGAAGCGCUCGCGGCUCACCCGACAUGGCAAUCGAUAGGAACGCCGUCGUUUCCGGUGCGAGACACCACCUGGCAAUAGCUUUGAGCUUUGCCUUUUUCCUGGUUGCAAGUCCCCUCUGCUCUGCCAGCCAGGACCCGGCUCUCUGCCCUUUCGAGCUGGGUUACAGUCCCACAUUCAAUGAGGAUGGCACACAGCUUUCCUGCAACAAAGGUUCUGAGUCCUUCCUUGUGGACCCCGAUGGCACCAAUGCUAUCGCGCUACGCAAUGUCGGCACGAGCGUGAAGCAGCUCUCAUACGGUGCCCUGAUGCUCUCUCAGGAGCUCUUCUGCGAGUACACUGAUCCGAAUGCUGUCUUUUACCUGCCUGAUGGAACCCCAACUAAGGAUGGAGACCCUGCCCUAGGGGCCUUCCUGUUCUCCUUCAAGUUUCCCCCAGGAGUCGAUGUCAACGGAGUCUUUGCCGUCUCCAACUUUCAGUACCUAGGUGGCUCUCCUCCCAGGGUGCACGUGGACUGGUGGAUGUUCACCCUCAACUUUGACGUCCGCUUUGACACCAUUUUUCGUUAUGACAGCGAUGAAGAAAGCGACGAGGCUAAGUGGAAGCAAUACAUUUCUGUAUCAACGGUCAUACCAAAGUGAAGGAAGAUGAUAGGAGUUGUAUAUGUUAACACUGCCUGGCGAGAGUUGCCGUGGGGAAUACCGAUAGUUCCGGCCGGUUUUGAGUAGGUAAACUUAGUCAAGGAGUGGAUAUUACUUUCGAAAGCCAAUGACAAUAGCCAUGUUGCUGCCCUGCUUGCGAUAGUCAACAAGUUGAAUCACACGGCUAGAGACGGUCGCGCUUUUUAAUAAAGGAUGCAAAAUCUCUAGCUACGAUCAGAAAAGCGCAACGUGUCAAAAAUAAUGUUUUGCUGGCAAGAAUUCUAAGCUUCAGAGCGUAUAUGGUAGAAGCGAGUCACAUCAGACAUUAGGUAAGGAGUUAAGCACUGAGGCGAUCGCAUGGCCCGAAGGUUGCUGCUAUCACUGAGCCAGCUAAAGCACAUGCAUGCGCUUAAUAUAUAUUUGCUAAGCUUGUAUAGCGGAGGAUUUUCGAGGAUUAGUAUGCAUGUCAUAUAAUGAACAAGCCUG